CACUUGACCUGACCACACCACCGGCACCACGCACGCACGCAUAGCUCACACGAGCCUGCUGCUGCACGAACAGGACAGAGAGACACAUUGCCGGCUUGCCGCCCUCUGCCUCUGUGCGUGCCAUACACUGGUACACACACACGAGCUCCAGCUGCUGUGCGAGCGUGGCAAUGCAACUGCAAGCAAGCAGGAGCAGGAUGGCGGGCUCUUUGCAUCACUCGCAGUCGCCGGAGAGCUACGUGAGGCUGCAGCAGGGCCGGCGGUGGCGACGGGGCGCGGCGAGGGGGUUCCGGCUGUGCCCGAGGAACCGGUUCUCCGUGCGGCGGCUGCGCGCCGAGCUGCUCACGUUCCUGGGCCUCGUCGGCCGCUACGUGCGCCUGCUCGUGCGGAAGCUGUCGACCACGAGAGGCGGCGGCGGCGGCGGCGGCAACGGCGGCUGCGCACGGAGCGGCAGCAGGAGGGUUCUCGUCGUGACCGGGGGGGCCGGGAGAGACAAGGCGCCGGUGGCGGCGGCCAGCAGCAGAAAGCCGGCGCCGUUCAUCGCGCGGUCCAACUCGUUCUACUCGCAGGCGAUCGCCGAUUGCCUCGAGUUCAUCAAGCGCAACUCCGUGCCCGUCGAGGACUACGGCAGCGUCAGCGCCAGGAGGGAGCACGGGCACGGACACAAGAUCGAAGAAGAAAUGCUUUGCUACCCGAAUGGCGUGGCAUGUUUGGGUGUUCCCAAUGGAGCCUAAAGAUGUGAAUUCUGAUACGUACACGUACCACACACGGAUGUAAUAGGGAGUUUGAAAUUUAGAGUUGCAAAUGUUGAACUUUUUGAUGACAUGUUCAUUUGCGCACGCUACCACAUUUUUCCAUCUCCCCGUGUUUAAUUAAUAUUUUGUUAGUA